GGCGGCGGAGUGGGAAGGGGCAGAGGCGGCAUGAGAGGUCGUGGAAGAGGUGGAAGCAGAGGCGGAUUCGCCGCAGCGAGAACACGAGACGAGGUUGAAGAUUCGUGAAAACAUCCCCAUGCGCGAACCCACCCCAUCCGACGAGAGCGAAUCCGACGUAUCGGAAGACGAUGCCUCGGACGAAGAGGAGGAGGAAGAAGAAGAAGAAGAAGAAGCGCAACCCAUCUCGAACGCCUAUGCGACUCUCCUGCAGUCUUUCUCGUCGCGCAAAACUGGCUCGGAAGAGCAUCGCAAGAAGAGAAGGAAGCUGGCGCACGACGAGCCUGAACAGGAGGUCGAAUUAGACGACGACGCUGAAUCUACCACCCUGGAAGGCGACGAGGCUGAGGAUGAGCAGGCAGAGGUUGAGAACGACGAAGACGCGGACGAAGACUACCAAGAAGAGCAAGAGCUCGAGCAGGCCUACCAGAAACACUUUGUGAACCCCGACGAGAACGACCUAGCGACGCGACUCAAGCGGAUAGCUGCCAACCAGUGGACAUCACAGAAGUUGGAUCGAGCAUCUGGCAAGGGAGUUGGCAUACUCCAGGUUCCUAGCGACGAGAUCAAGCCGAACAGGAAGCUGAGAAGUGUGCGCGACGUCCAGUUGAAAGCGCGGCUUGUUGAAAACGCGCAGAAGAAGGUCGGCGCUUUCGAUGGGCUGGAACAAGCCAUCGUACCCUCGAUAUUUGGCUACCAAGAUCUGCUGUUCGGCGCAAGAACGGUGCAAAAUACCGGCCGUCUACGAGACAUCACCUGUCUACACGCCCUGAACCACAUCCUCAUGACGCGCGACCGAGUGCUCAAGAACAACGCAAAGCUAGCGACAGCAAAAGAAGACGACCCAGACGUCGAAUACCGCGACCAAGGUUUCACCCGCCCCAAGAUCCUCUUCCUCCUCGAGACAAAGCAAGCCUGCGUCCGCGUCCUAGACAGCCUAACCAAGCUCCACGAUUUCGAGCAGCAAGAAAAUAAAAAGCGCUUCCUCGACAGCUUUUCCGCUCCUGAAGACAAGUUCUCACCCGACCGCCCUGCCGACUUCCGCGAACUCUUCGAAGGAAACGACGAGAAUGAAUUCCGCAUCGGCGUAAAGCUCACACGCAAAACCCUCAAGUUCUACUCCACAUUCUACAACUCCGACAUCAUCUUCGCCUCCACCCUCGGCCUACGCCGCGCCAUCGAAUCCGGCGACCCCAAGAAACGCGACUCGGACUUCUUGUCUUCCAUCGAAAUGGUCAUCAUGGAACAAGCCGACGCAGCGCUAAUGCAAAAUUGGGAACACGCAGAAUACGUCUUCGAGCAUCUGAAUCUCCAACCAAAAGAUGCACACGGCUGUGACUUCUCGCGCGUGCGAUCCUGGUAUCUAGACGGCCAUGCACCAUACAUCCGUCAAACAAUCAUCCUAUCCGCUUUCUUAACACCAAAGAUAAACACUCUCUACAACAAACACAUGCGCAACUACGCGGGCCGCUUGAAAUACACUCCGGACCACACCGCCGGGCUCAUCGAAUCCCUCUCUUACGGCAUCAAACAAACGUUCCUCCGGUUCGACUCGCCAUCACACCUCACAGACCCAGACGCGCGCUUCAAAUACUUCAACACGUCUAUCCUGCCGUCCAUUACCCGGUUACCCAAACAGCCCGACGGCGGAUUGGGCGUCCUGGUCUUCAUACCCAGCUACCUCGAUUUCGUGCGCGUCCGGAACUCACUUGUGGAUUCUGAUAUCGCAUACGCAUCGAUUAGCGAAUACACUGACGCCACCGACGUCCGCAAGGCACGGUCCCAUUUCAUGAAUGGGAAACACUCACUCCUUCUGUACACCGGCCGCGCCCAUCAUUUCCACAGGUACAAUAUCCGCGGCGUGAAGCGCGUGGUGUUUUACGGAGUACCCGAGAACCCUGUAUUCUACGAUGAAGUUGUGGGUUUCGUGGGCAAGUCGAUUGAACGUGCGGAGAUUAGUCGCGCAGAAGCGAGCGUCAAGGUGUGUUUCUCCAAGUGGGAAAGGAUGGAGUUGGAGAGGAUUGUUGGGGGGAAGAGGGUGGGGAGGAUGGUGAACGAUAAGGGGGAUGUCUUUGACUUUGUGUGAGUAUUUAUCCUACAAUGUUCGUAUUCGAUAGACAGGUGCGUCUGAAGAAAUCGUAAGAGAUAGUACAACGUUCCUCGUCUUAGACGCUUUCGAAGGCCAUCGCAACCAUCGUACACUCAUCGAGCUCUCUUCUUCGCAACACUCUACGGCCGCAGGUAGACGACGUGUUGUCUCACCACAUUCUUCGUAUCCUCGUUCCUCGUUCUCACCAGCACACUCGUAUCGUUCUUCUCCACCAUCCUCGCAGCCACAGGCUUAACAUCGCCGACCCAUGGAUCUUUCGCCACGUAGAAAAGAAGAUACGGCAAACUCGCUCCUGGUGGUUUGAACAGCCUUACCUUCUCGAUGUAUCUAUUACCACCAAGCUGGUCCUUGUGUUGUAGCAGCAAGUAUCCCGCCCAUCGUCCCACCGGGGAGCCUAGGAUUUCGUUAACGUUCCGGGCUCUCCACAGUGUGGAUCAUUAGAGUAGGAGGACCUUCAACAUAC